AUGGUCUACGCGUUUACCCUGCCGACCACCUCGCCUCUCGCCUUCCAAUCCUUUAUCGCAUCUCCCACGCAUCCCUCCCUCCCCCAAGCCGCUUCCACCGCUCGCCAUGCCCUCAGGCUGGCCCUGAAGGCACAUAAACGACUUCCCCCAGGUUCGCGACAGGACGCUCACCUGCCUACCGUCCUGUCAGCACUCACCGAAUACAUUCCUUUCCUUUUCGCAAUCGUACGGGGCCUACAUGGCCGAUCGGCGUCGGGGGUCCUGAAUACGAGCGGAGCAGCGGAGGUUCCUCAAUCUGGGGAUGAGAUUGAGAUCGUAUUACGCGCCGAGAUCGAGUCGGCGUGGAAACCCACACUGUCUACGAGUAGUGGAAUCAGCAUCAAGCCGGUCGCAACACACUCCACUGGCCCUGGUCGUGCCCGGGGUGGUCGACUGUCAGGUCGCGGUAUUGACUUCGAAGUCGCAUUUACGCUCACGACAUUGGGCUAUGUUCUAAGCCGGCUAGCACGGGUUUGCGUGGUCGAGUCCUUGUAUGCUGCCACCACGCCGACUUCUGAGCAGCGAGCGGUGGCCAUACAGACCGCGACAAAGAAUCUCCUCCAAGCGAGCUCCGUGCAUGGUCUACUUGCGUCCUCUCCGGCUUUGACAGCAGCCACCUCGUCGACAGUUCCCGAUAUCAACGCUUCCACCCAGUCGGCACUCGCUUCUCUCGCACUGGCUGAGGCCACUUUGCUCGCUGUUCUAAAGGACGAUGCAUACAUCACAGCUUGUAUCCAAGCCCGCAACCCGAAUGAUCGGGAGUGGAUGGUUCGUGCGCCGGAGAUUCCCAAAGUUCGCGCCUUGUUGUUUGCCCGGUUAUGCGUGCGUGCGGCGGAGUAUGCUGAACAGGCCGCUGCCGGCCUCAGCGCCGCCGGGACAGGAGCCGGCACAGCAGGUCGCCUCGAUGAAGAAAUCACUCGAUAUGCCGGAGCGUUAGGCCGUGUAGCUCGCGCGCGUGCUUGCCGGUUUUUCGGCAUAGAUGCUGAGCUUGCGGGCAAGGUCGGCGAAGGCAUCGCGUGGCUGAGAGCGGCGAACACGCCUCUUGGGCGGCGGAAUGUUGGGGUGUCCUCGCUUGCAGCUGGGGACGAGACUGGUGCCACGACCUCCAAAGGAGGAUUUUCUCGACUUAAGCGGGAAUGGACCGAGCGCCGGGAGGAACGAAAGAUUGAGAAAGAUGCAGGAGGUAGUCGCAACAAGAAGGGCUCUCUGGAUCCUGGUGACGAUGCGGGUCGUGGUGAAGAAGGCAAUGUGAUUGAUAUGCUCGAAACCAAAUGGGUGAAGAUGAACGAUACCAUCAAUACUCAAUUAAUCCCAGCAUCGGCUCCGCUACUGGCCAACUUGCCAUCGGGCCGUGACAUCCACUCUCCACCUGCACCGUACAAGCCCCCAUUACUAGACUCGGACCAGCUUUUGCAUAUGAGGGCUCCGCCAGACGAAAACCAAGACUGGCAAUUUGGAAGCGAUCAUGAUGAUAGCGACGAAGAUGCGGCUCCAGCCGCACCAAACCCACCCGGGGGUUCCCUGAUCGAGCACAGACUGCGUCCAACCUCAACGGUCCGAACUUGA